AUGAGACGAUUAAUUCUCCUUUUUCCCUCCCUUUCCCCGUUUACUAAUAAAGGUGAUGCAUUGGCCAGUCGGGUACAGAACACGUUGGGCUCCUAUGAGGAGAUGAAGGACCUUCUAACCAGCCAUUCAAACCAGAGCCACCUGGUGGGAAUCCCCAAAGUUAGCAGCACGCCGAACAACCUGCCCACCCCGACCUCCUCCGGAGCAACACCCACGCCACCUCCUUAUACAACGAUGCCAGAGAGACCCGGUUUUGAGUCCCAGCAGCUCUUCCAUGAUGGCCUGAGAGGAGGAACAGGUGUUGGAGGAGGAGGAGGAGGAGAGGUGGGAGGUGGCGGAGUAGGAGUAGGAGUAACAGGAGAGAGGAGGAUGGGAAAUUGUUCGGCUUCAUCUUCCUCCAUCCCCUCAGUACAACAACCUCCUUCAUCUUUAUCCUCAUCGUUGUUGUCCGGCUCCACAGCAACGCCUCAUCAAACCUCCAAGAAAUCACGGGGUUCCUCUGAGUGGUCCAGGGGAGGCCACGGAGUGGGUAACCAGGGUACGGGACUCGUUCUGGGGUUAGGAGCGGGCCAGGGCGGGGGGUCUAGGAGCGGAAGAGGGAAACUGUCCUCUCUGGAGGAGCAGCAGAUACAGAGGCAUGAAGACCUGUUUAGUUCCCUGACCGAUGAACUGGGCCUAAAGGGAGACUUGAGUCCUUCCUCCUCCUCUUCCUCCUCUUCCUCAUCCUCGGGGAGGAGACAUUCGUCCCACCCUUCCAAAUCCCUAACUCUCCCAGACAGACCAUCCACCAUGGAAGGCAGCCAUUUUAAGUCUUCCAGUACCACUGAGAGCAAUGGACAUUUUAAAUCUUCCCCCAUUGAAAAUGAGCCAGGCUCGUACCUCUCCUCUUCCUCGCCAUUGGCUUCUACCUCUGUGCUGACCACGCCCACUCCUGGUUUAACCACACCCACUUCUGGGCUGACCACACCCACCUUCCCACCUGGUAACCUAUCGGGGAAGCCGAUCGCUGUGCAGCAGAAGCCCACUGCGUACGUUCGACCAAUGGAUGGGCAGGACCAGGCACCAAGCGAUUCGCCCCAGCUCAAACCCCCUCUGGUGGCCACUGAGGGAUACAGCAACAGUCAGGCUUAUGGAGGAAAUUCUGUGAAUGUGAAGAAUAAACUACCCAAAUUAAAUCUCAGCCACACUGGGGAGGUCAGCCUACCAAAUGACUCCAGCUGUGUGGAGGAGAUUCUGAGGGAGAUGACCCAUUCCUGGCCUCCUCCUCUCACGGCCAUACAUACUCCUGGCAAGUCUGAGCAGACCAAGUUCCCGAUCCCCAACAAGGAGCCACAGCACGUCCCCUCGCCCUACAGCACCCAGAAGCGCUGCGCUGCAUCAGCUAGCAAGCCUGUUGCUAAACCACCAGCUGCACCGCAGAAGUCAAUGCUGGAGGAUGACCUGAAGAUCAGCAGUGAUGAGGAAGACACUGAACAACAGGUAUCUGACAAGCCUAAAGCCAGAAGCACUGCCCUAAGUGGAGCGUCAGGCAGCAGCAGUGAAUCAGAGAGCAGUUCGGAGUCAGACACUGAUGAAUCAGAGAGCAGCUCCACUGACAGCGACUUUAAUCCAGCUUCCCGCACCAACACCCCAGAGCCUGAGCCCCCUUCCACCAACAAGUGGCAGCUGGACAGCUGGUUGAACAAGGUCCAGCCUCAAACCAAGCCCCUGGUACCCCCGCAGCAAGCUCAUCAUGAAGCAGGUUCCAUCGCCCGGGGCCCAGAGACGUUCUCCCCAGGAGGUGACGCACCAGGAGGGGGUGGUGCUGCAAAAGCCAAGCCCUCUGCAGCCACCAGUACCACCGCUACACCUGCACAGACAGGCGAACACAAGGAUACAAGAGGAGCCUUCUGCACCGGCCGGGAGAAGGGCAAAACCAAGCUGAGCCAAAAGGGCUCAGGGGAGGGUCAGAGGUCAAAGAUGAGGCUGUCACCAGGCCUGCUGUCAGGGUCAGAGGUCACAACCCCGAGGAGGAAUACUGUAGGGAAGAACCAGCCCAGACGAACGGAGAGGGCCAACAGUCUGGAAGACCAUCAGAACCAGGCCUGGAGCAGGACAAACCAACAUAGCCCCACAGCCAGGGAUAAGGACCUGUUGCCUCCCCCCACCGCCGAGCAUCAGAACCCCUCCCGGCCACGCAGCAAACCCUCUGGUGGCAAAGCGCUCCCCAGGAAGGAGCAUCGGGGGACCACUUACUCCAGCAACGCAGUUACCCCACCGUCUGCCACGCAGCAAGCCCCCAUAACCGUGUCGACGGACAAGAAGAAGCACAGGGGCCCGAGCAGCAAAAUCACACCCAAGUCCCGAGAGUUCAUCGAAACCGAGUCGUCCUCCUCCUCCUCCGAAUGCCACUCGGAUCCGGAGGAGGUCGUCAAAAUCCCAGCUCUGCUCUCCCAGAUGGCACGUGCCGCCGCCGCCAUAAACUCACAAACACUGUCGAACGCGCUCGUGCACGCGCCCCUUCUCCCGUGCCUUGGCCCUGGUGGUGCGGGGUCUCUCGGAACAUUCGGAGGCAAAGGACUUCGCCUCAAAGACGGUAGCAACGUGACCAGUAACGGUAGCAGUAGUAACGGUAGUAGCAGUAGUAAUAGCAGUACUUUUAACUCCCUGAGUAUUACCAAUGUAAGUAGCUCGUUUGGGAAUUCGGUGCCAGAUCCUGGGGGGUUGGAGGAACAGUGUAGAGACUUGGACUCCAUGUCGCUGCCCUCUGAACUGGGGAAGGAGCUGCCUCUCUCCCCGCUAAGGGACUACCAAGAGAUCCAGAGUUUGUGGGUGAAAAUUGAACUGAGUCUGCUUAGUAGGGUGCCGGGGCAGGGGUUAGGGGAGAGAGACAGAGCCGAGCCGCUGGCCGGCAAGGCGGAGAAAGGAGAGAGCGGAGGCAAACACAGGAGACAGACCGCCGGGAACGCGGCGGUCCCGACAGAAAAACACACAGCAAAGAGCAAGAGAAAACACAAGACGGACCACAGCGAGGCCUCGCUCAGUGGCAGUAAAAAGCUUCGACUGGACAAAGACUGUCAGCUCUUGCCACCCUGCAUCUCACCGAUACACACCCACAAGAGCAGCUCCGUAGACUCUCUAAACAGGAAGCAGUCUCGGCGGCGCAGUGAAAAGCUUCUCCCGCCUCUCCUGUCCCCCCUCUCUGACGAUCCCCCACAUAAACGGACCUGUGACACUGGUUCCUCCCUCAGCCAUGACAGCUGCGCUACCAGCAUGGUCUCCUGCGCCUCCUCCUCCUCCUGCUCCUCCGCCAUGCCCUCGUCUUCUUCAUACAGACACAGGAAGGGUGAGGGCAAGGCGUCCUCACAUGGGAAGACCAGCUCCAGCAUGGACGCUCAUAGCAACAAACCUGCCGGAGACAGUUACCACGCCAACAGGCACUCGGACUCGGAAACGUGGUCGGAACCAAUGAUGGAACCGGUGGAACCUCGCAGACCCCGACUGUCAUUUAACGACACGGUGUACGGUGCAGACCACCACAUGCAGGAGGCCAAGCGACUGAAGCACAAGGCUGAUGCUCUGAUGGAUAAGUUCGGGAAAGCGGUAAACUACGCAGACGGCGCCCUCUCCUUCAUAGAGUGUGGUAACGCCAUGGAGCGCGAUCCGCUGGAGGCCAAGUCCCCCUACACCAUGUACUCAGAGACAGUAGAACUCAUCAGGUAUGCUAUGAGGCUGAAGAACUUCACCGCUCAUUCAGCCACCGUUCCUGAGAAGAAAUUAGCUGUGUUGUGUAACCACUGCCUGUCUCUGCUGUAUCUGAGGAUGUUCCGUCUGAAGAAAGACCACGCUGUCAAGUACUCACGCUCACUCAUGGAGUAUUUUAAGAACUCAGCCAAGAGCUCCCACCAAGCCCCCUCACCAUGGAGGGCCAAUGGAAAGGUAAAUGGGACCCCAUCGCCUGCCUCUCUUAGCCCCUCGCCGGCCGGUAGUGGAGCAGGGUCCGGAGGUCCUCCCGCAUCCUCAGGCAGCGUGGCGAUUCCCCAGCGUAUCCACCACAUGGCCGCUAGCCACGUCAACAUCACCAACAACAUCCUGCGGAGCUACGAACACUGGGAGACCGCAGAGAGACUGGCCACCGACAGCCAAGAGUUCUUCCAGGAGCUGGACUCGGUGAUGGAGCCACUGAGUCAGCAGAGCAGCAUGACGGAGCUGGUCCGAUACGUCAGGCAGGGACUGCACUGGCUCCGCAUAGAGGCUCACCUGCUGUAGGGCGAGAUACAUCAG